GGCAGAGCCGCGCGCGACUCAGUAGCUCACCGCACGACUUUUCAGCCGCACCGAGACUAAGCCAUGGACGUCGCUAAGGUUGACAAGGCUGCGGCCAAGAUCCAAGCCGGCUUUCGGGGCUACCAAGUGAGAAAGCGACUGCAGCAGGAGAAGACAGUGCCCAAAGAGGACAAGACCGACGAGGAGGAAGAGGAGGAGGGAGAACAUACGGACGAGAACAAGGAGUCGCUGGAAGACAAAUCGGCGACGAAAAUUCAAGCCGGCAUUCGCGGCUAUUUGGUACGCAAACGACAGCAGACCGAGCAAGCAGCUGCCACCAAGAUUCAGGCCAACUUCCGCGGCUUCAGGACGAGGAAGCUGUUGAAGCAGAGUGGACAGUAAUAGGCUUUCACGUUGCACGUACCUCGGUACGUUCGGCGCAGCGAUCUUUCUUCUUUGCUGGCGCGCGUGCAUUAGCAUCGCUGAGCAAUGCGGGCGAUUGAUUGUCGUCUACGAUUGAAAGCUCUCGAUUGAUCGCCCCGCGUCUCCUGAAAAGCUGUACGUUGAAUUGUGCCUUCCAGAAACGCAAAGUGCGCGUUGUUUUUUUUUCUAUGUCGCUUAAUAAGUAGACAAUUGGAUAUUUUUUCCGAGUGAGAUACGCGUAUAUUAUAGAAAAAUGUAUUUUAGCGCGAAGAUUGUACAUAUAUUUCGUUAAAUGUUAUAUAUAUUAUAUUGUACCAAACACUCGAGUAUAACGUCCUGUUUAAUCGUAAAACGUCCUCCAUGUAUUUUUUUUGCACGAAUUAUCAUACUAAUUCUAGAUUGUAUCUGUACAAUACAUACUCAUCUUUCAACUUGUAGAUAGACUCUUUUUUUCUUUCUUUAAACAAAUGAAUUCAUAAAGGCGUGCCUCGUCGCGCUCGAAUUGUAUACAUAAUUUUGUACGUAAUUUUGUAGAAAAUAUCGUCGAAUUGUAUAACCAAAGCCAAAAUUUAUGUAGAUAUAAUGCGUGUAUGUGUGUAUGUGUGUGUAUGCAUAUGCAUACACACACACACACACACACACACACACACACACACAUAUCUAUAUUCUUGUUACACGAAGCGAAUGUCAAUAAAAUUGA